CCAAGCAACAGUUGCAAAAACAUAAAUGUAUGUGAUGUAUGCAUGUAAAUGACAAGAAAAGGAAGGCAACAGCAGCAGCAGCAUUUGUAUAAAUUGUCAAAUGAACAAUAUUAAAAAGUAAAACCGCAAAAAGCAAACAAAAAUAGUUAUUGCCUUACAUAGACAACAAAUACAUACCUAAGCUCAUCUCAAAUCAGUUGUAUGUAUGUUAAUAAGUCAGUGCGCGCACUCGGUUUUUGGAUGUACAUAAAUCAAACGACAAAACAAUCAAAGUAAAACCAAACAAUUAAAUUGCGUUAAUUAUUUUCGUUUAGUAGCUAAAUUGAAGACAACCUGAAUGCAAGCAUCACUAAUAGUAGCAACGGCAACAGCAAACAAUAUCAACAGCAAAAGCAGCAACAACAACUACUACAACAACAACAAAAAAAUAACUGUUAUAUCGAACCAAGGACAAGCCAAACUAGAAAUAUAUACAUACACAUAUAUAAAGAUAUAGAUUAGAACGAGAGCGUGCAAAGGAGAGACUGAGAGAGAGAGUGAGAGUGAGGAGAAACAAAAUCGAAUUAAAUCGAAACAAUCGAGUAACAACAAAAACCAAAUAUGGAUCCUUACGAUAUGGAAGAUGUUGUUGUUGUGCCACCGACCGAACAUGACCACAGCUCCCCAAUAAAAGAAUGGCGCCUCGCGCUGCAGGCUGGAACAUUGACACGCAACGAUUUCAUCGACUACUUUAAAAAGCUAGCGCCCAAAUUUUUCGAAGUUCAUAAUGAAAUGGAAACAGAUGCAAAUGCAGCAACUUACGAAACAAUGUAUGAGUCGGAUGAAGAUAGCGCCAUGUAUUCUGAUUAUAUGCCUCUCGAAGAGCAAGUUCAAUUGAGCGCCAAGACAACCAAGCUCCUGCAAGAGAUCAAGCGCUUGCAGGAGUCAAAGCACGCCGUGACUUGCGGGUCCUUGAAAUGCAUGUUCAAGGAGGAGCUGGCCAACGAGGAGAUCAUCAAUAAGCUUGUCGAGUUCAUGUUGGGCGACAAUCCGAAGACAGCGCUCGAAAAACUGCGAUUGGAGGGCAACACGGCCACCGUUUGUGGCAAGGUCUUCAAGAAUGGUGAGCCCACCUACAGCUGCCGCGAAUGUGGCGUCGAUCCGACCUGCGUGCUGUGCGUCAACUGCUUUAAGCGAUCGGCGCAUCGCUUUCACAGGUACAAAAUGUCCAGUUCCGGCGGAGGUGGCUGUUGCGAUUGCGGCGACGAUGAGGCCUGGAAGCGUGAUCAAUAUUGUGAGCUGCAUCUGGCGAACCGCAAGAAUCCACUCGAGAGCAAAAUCAUAACCAGUGCCGUGCUGGAGCGUGUCGAGAUCUGCUUCAGCGCCAUUUUGGCUUUCUGUGUGAAUUAUCUGGAGAUUGAGCCGAACGCCAGUCUACAGUGCCUAGAUGGCGAGCUGGAUGGCACCAACUUCUGUACAGUUCUAUAUAACGACGAGUCGCACACUUUUGACCAGGUCAUAAACACACUGACAAAGAUAGCCAAGUGCCGUCACAGGGAUGCCAUGGAGAUCGUGGCUGCAAUCGAUCGCGAGGGCCGUGCCGUUGUCAAGUGUGAUACGUUCAAGAAAUGCAACGACCUUAAGACGGCCAUUGAGAACCAAAAUAUACCGCCCAGCGGACUGCUGACCAAUGCCCGUCACAGCCAAUCAUUGCGCACGUCAGUGCUUAAUAUAAGCUCGGUGGCGUGCCAGCAAUUUGCGCUGCAGUUGCUUAGCUGGUUCCAGGAGUUUCUUGUGCGUCAUUAUCUAUUCCGUAAGACGUUCGCCACGCUGGUGCAGCAAAAGAAUGAAUCGUUCUGCAUUCGCCACAUACUUGAGUACGAUGUUAAGCUAUGGAAGACGGCUCGCACAUGCUGGCAUCGUCUUCUUAUCUCCGGAAUGCUCAUGGAGUACGAGAACAAAAUGGUGCUGGCACAGGAGUUCUCGCGACGCUAUGCGACCAUUGUGGAGGACUUCAUAAGCGAUGAUCACGAUCACUCUUUCUCGAUUGUAUCGCUCAGCGUACAGUUGUUCACAGUGCCAAGCAUUGCUCAUCAUUUGAUCGCCCACGAGGGCAUCUUUGACAAACUGCUGCAUACGUUCUAUCACGUCGCCAUUGAGAACUUCAUACACAAUCGCACGCUCCAUUUUAGCAAGAACAUCGCGAGCAUGACGUUCUUUAAGCGUGCCAACUACAUAUUGUACGAUUUGCGCUAUCUGCUCAGUCUUAAGCCAGAAGUACUUAGCAAUGAAUUGCGCAAUGGUUUCCUUGAGGGUUGCAAGGCGUUAAUGCGCGUAUUAAAUGUGAUGCAGGGCAUGGAGUCGAUAACACGACAAAUGGGCCAGCAUAUGGACUACGAACCGGAGUGGGAGUGCGCUUUCAAUUUGCACAUUAAACUGGCCUCGACUAUAUCCCAGGUGAUCGAGUGGGCGGCCAGCGAUGUGAAGCUGCUGCGCAAACUGUACAAGAUGACGGUGCGUGCGCUGGUUAACAACAGCUUCAUUGUGGGCAGCGAGAAGGUGGAACCAAAGACCGUUGCCGAUCAUGUGGCCAAUUGUCUGAUAUACGAUGUGUCCUCGCGACCGGUUUCUAUACAUUUGCCGCUGUCUCGCUUCUACGCUGGCAUCUAUCUGCAUCUGGGUGCGCACGAUAUGACCUAUGACAUCUUGCUAGCCGAGGCCGAGGCGCUCAACAUUAAGCUGACGCCUCGUGAAAUUAUUGAGCCAGUGCUUUGCACACAGGCGAUGAUUGCCCAGGUGGCCGCGGGCAUGUGGCGACGCAAUGGCUAUUCGCUGCUUCAUCAGCUUUACUUCUAUAGGAAUGUGCGCUGCCGCGUGGAGAUGUUGGACAGGGAUAUCGUUUGCCUGCAGAUCGGCGCCUCGCUGAUGGAGAGCAACGAAUUUCUUAUUCAUUUGCUAAACAAAUUCAACAUGGUCGCAUGGGCUCAAAAGAAUUACGAGUCUGGCCUGCUGCAAGCGCCGAUGGAUGAUGAGUUCAUGCGCCAGUUGUCCAUGACCGAUGAGUUUCUUGAACUGCUGAUUGUUAUCAUUGGCGAGCGUUGGAUGCCGGGUGUAUCGCUCGUCUCAGAGGAGGAUCGCUUGCGCAAGGAGAUAAUACAACUGCUCUGUAUCAAAUCUUACUCGCAUUCGGAGCUCUCGCGCGCUCUGCCAGACGGCAACGGCGGUAGCAACGACAGCAUCAUUGAGGAUGUGAUCAAUACGGUGGCAUCCUUUAAGAAACCCGUCGGUGCCGACAGCAAGGGCGUCUAUGAGCUAAAGGAGCCCUUUUACGAGGAAUUCAACGUUUACUUUUACCACUAUACCAAGGAAGACAAGUCGAGGGCCGAGGAGCUGCAGCGCGAGCGUCGCAAGCUCAAGAAGCAGCUCGUCUGCUGUCCGCCGCCAAUGUUGCCACAGCUAACGAUGGCCUUCAUCUCUAUGGCCAACAUCCUACAGUGCAACGUAUUCUUCGCCAUCAUCACAGUGGUCAUAGUGCGUGCAUUGGACCCGCGCAGUCGUUCCUUUACCGAGAGUCAUUUGCAAAAGGUGCUGCAUCUGAUAGGCUUUGCCAUACAGGAGGAGAUCAGUGGGUAUUACCCAUUCCUCAGCUUCUAUGAGCGAUCGCAAAAACAUGACCUACUGGAAAAACUGGAGAAGUUGGCGCGAUGUCCACGCUUGGAAGCACAUCGUGAUUUUGUACUGUGGACCAUUAAGCGAUACAAAGAUCUGCAAGCAAAGCAAGCGCCAAAUGUGAGCUCCUCGUCAGCGGCUGCUGGCGCAGGCAGCAGCACACAACAGCCGCAGCAGGGCGAGGAUCAGCAACUCACCUCCGAGCAGCAGGCUCGCCCAGAGAAGGAGGCACGUUCGCGCUUGGCCGCCGAGCAUCGUGCCAAGAUAAUGGCCCAGAUGCAGAACGCACAAAAGUCGUUCAUGAAGUCAAAUGCUGAAAUGUUUGCCAAUACCAGCGAAGAGGGCUCUGCAGGUGCAGCUCAGAAGCAAGGCAGCUCUAUGAUGGACUGGGAGGAUAUACCAGAGCCGCUAGAGGAGGAAGGCGCUGCCGCUUUGAUGCCAGAUCCAAGCAAGGUUAUAUCCUGCCUGGGUCCGCGCCGCUGCAUCUGUGAGGCGGGCAAUAACAGUUUCAAGUGCAUUCUUUGCUUUGAAAACUGCAGCAUCAGCUGCAACGACCAGCCGUUGGUCAGCUCUGCAUUUGUGCAGACGUCGCGCGUCAUUUACACAACUCCUAUGCCCGAGGGCCCAAAAUCGGCGCUGCAUGUGAGCUGCUGCGGUCAUGUUAUGCACUACAAUUGCUGGAAGGAGUACUACAGCAGCGAAGAGUCCAAGGAGCUGCGUCGGCCGCAGCGUAAUCGGGCGUCGCAGAGCCAGACACAGAACGUCGAGUUCCAUUGCCCCUACUGUCGCACUCUAAGCAACGCAGUGCUGCCAGUCAGUGAAGCGUUGUCCAAGUUCUCGCAACCACAGGCGGCGACACAAGCAAUGAGCGACGCUGUAGAGAAUUACAUGCCACUGGACAGCUUUGUUGAAAUGAUGCGAAUGCUAAGCAGGCUGCGACUGAAAGACAGUCCGAGAGUGGUCAAGAAAUAUGAAAGCAUUAUCGGCAACAUGGCCCAAUUCGAGCGCAGCGCACAGAUCAUAAAAACUCCCAAAUUGGAUAAUGAAUACACCGAGGUGAUGGGCUCCUUCCAUACGGCGCUGCGCAACGCCAAGCAGAGCCAACUGCACGGUAAUCAGCCGAAGAACACGACAGUUGCGGCUGAUAGUGAUUUGGAAAACGUUUCGCUGCUCUGGGACACCUGCUGCUAUACACUGCAGGCCCUUGAGGUCUACCUGUAUACGACAAAGAAGCCCCUGAACGCCGAACUACCCAUGCGCCAUCAGAGCUGCGUCAGUAACUUGGUGCGCGCAUGCGCCCUCUACUCCACUAAAUUGAAUGAGGGACAAAUCAAUAGCCAGAGCGAGCAGGCCGCCAAGCUGUACGAGACCAUAUUCAACCAGCAGGGACCCAGUGUCCUGGAAUGGGACUGCUUCCGCAUGUUGGUACAGCUCACAUUUACCAUGCCGAAUCUUCUGAUUGCUACAGAUGCCGACAAGAAGAUGCUACCAAGCGGAAGCAUGAUCGACUUUUACUUGCUGCAGACGUGUUUCCUGGCCAAUUUGACAAAGGCGAUCAUUUGCUUUGACUACGAGGCCGAGCUGGCCCGUCCUCCAAAAGAGGAUGAGGAGACGCAAACGGCGGCGAUGUUGCAGUACGUGCAGGAGCUGCCACACAAGAUCAGGCACAACAUGGCGAUCUUCUAUCUAAGGCACAACAUGGCGUACCGCGUCAGUCAAUUGGAGCGGAACGUGCAGCUAAACGAGGAGUUUGAAGAAAUGGAACUAGACAUAGCGGACGAGGGAUUCGUGCCACCGGACUGCACGGCUAAUCAUCUGGCCAGGCUGGUGACGUACGUCAAGCUCCAGAUGAGCUCGUUCCUGCGUUGCGCCUGCCUCUUUUACCGUUGCAUCACCGAUGUCGACUAUCCCGACUCCUUCCCCACUUACCAGCCAGAUCGCUUUGGCUUGAUGUGCCAGUACUUGGGAAUGGACGCUCAUCUGGGCGUCUACUUUGACAUGGAGUCGGUGUACGCCACCAUAAUGCAGAGCUUCGCUUCCCAUCCGCACAUUAAGCGCGAGGUCAACAGACGUCACGCCGUCAAACGGGCGGCGCUUGGCUCUUCGGAUGCGGUUGCGGACUCACAGCCGAUGGUGAUAAUGCCAUGCCUGCGGCCAUUGCCACAGCUGGUGAAGCUCUUCGAGGAUUACAGCGAUCUUAUCAACAGUGUCUCGGAUAUCUAUUGUCCGAACAACGAGCGCGAGGAGAUGAAGACGCCGACAAUGUGCUUAAUAUGCGGGACCAUACUGUGCGGACAGUCGUUCUGCUGCCAGCCGGAGCUGGGCGAGAAGCAGGUGGGUGCUUGUACGCAUCAUGCCCACGACUGCGGCGCCGAGGUGGGAAUCUUUUUGCGCAUUCGCGACUGCCAGGUGGUUUACCUGGGCCGGGGCAAGGGCUGCUUUGUGCAGCCGCCCUAUCUGGACGAGUACGGCGAAACGGAUCAGGGUCUGAGGCGCGGCAACCCGCUCAGGCUAUGCAAGGCAGCAUACGAUCGCAUAUUUCUACAGUGGCUGGGGCACAACCUGCACGAGGAGAUCGCCCGUCUCAACGAGAAUGCGAAUGUGGCCGUAACGCAGUGGCAUCACAUGUAGUCCGCAUGCUCCCGAAUUCAAUACAAUGCAAACAUCUAUAAAAAUAUCGGUAGCAGUUGCUUUACCGUUAACGAUAGCAUUGUCGUUAGCGACAGCGAUAGCAAUAUCGACGAUGACAAAGCCAGCGACAGUUAAUGUGAUUAUUACAUACUAAAAUUAGGAGAGCAUAUUUAUACGUCUAAGCAUUUUACUACUUCUUAUCCUGUGUGCACCUCACCCGCAAUCAAAAUAACCCAAAACAACACAGACAACCACAACCACAACACACCAAACCAACCUCCCACCAACCCACCCACCCAUCCAUCCACCUACCUGCAUACACACUACCCCAAUACCCACACACCACGUUAUAGCGAGCACCCUAUCCAUCCCAGAAAUCACUCAAAUAUUAAGUUGCGUGUUUGGUUGUUGUUUUCUUUUCCGUAAACAUA